AUGGCUGGCCCCAAGCCGAGGGCAACACCAGCUACCGUCGUCGAGGUAGCUGACGAAGGCGGUGUGGUGAUUCUCAGUGAUGACCCAGUCAACAGUCUGACUGUUGACGACCUGCCCAUGGGGGUUCUGAAGGAUGCCAACAAACAGACUGCGGCCCAUAUCGUCGAGAUGUUCAAGGAGAAGGCUCCCGGUACGCCCCGCGACGUGCGCGACAACAUCCCCAGUCUCCUGAAGGAGGGCGCUUUUCACCACAACAAGAGUUCUCGAACUAAGCCAUCGUACCAGUACCGCGGCUACUGGCACCAGACUUGCCCUCCAAUUGCUCCUCGUUAA